AUGUCAUCCCAAAGAUUCUGCCUACGGUGGAACAACCACCAGACGAACCUGCUCUCCGUCUUCGACCAGCUACUGCAUGAUGAAACCUUCAUCGACGUGACGUUGGCAGUGGAGGGCCAACAUCUGAAAGCACAUAAGAUGGUGCUGUCCGCUUGCAGUCCGUACUUCCAGCAGCUUUUCGUCAACCAUCCCGAGCGACAUCCGAUCGUUAUCCUGCGCGACGUACCGUACAAGGACAUGAAAUGUCUACUGGACUUCAUGUAUCGCGGCGAGGUAUCCGUCGAUCAGGAUCGCUUGGCCGCUUUUCUACGUGUGGCGGAAAGCCUUCGGAUAAAAGGGUUAACGGAAGUGAACGAUGACAAACCUAGCCCACCGUCUUCAGCGGCCGCCUCAUCGGUAACAACGGCAACACCGGCAACUGCGUCGACACCGUCGACGGCAGCGGCAGCGCAAACAGCGACCGGGGGCGCAGUUACGGCCGCAAGAAUUCCUCCCCAAUCCCCCAUCAACAACAGCACAGGCAGCGCAGCUUCCAAUCAAUCCCUGGCGGAUGAUGGUACCACUCGUUGCCCUACGCCAGCCCUCAGCAGUAUUCCUGUCACCGCCAGUGCAACGGCCCCGUUGCAAGGUAGCGGCGCCAGUCACAACAGCAACCACCACAGCAGUAGCAACACUUCCGGCAACAGUCAAACGGCACAGCAACUGAAACAGCUUCCACCGCUGCUCGCAUCGACCGGUAUCGUCACCCGUAGCCACAGCAGUCUACUGCAGCAACAGAGCAGCAACAACAGCAUGCUUCAAACGAACCCUCUGCUCGGAUCGGCCCUAUCGCAACAGAAACGUAAACGCGGCCGCCCGCGGAAACUGUCCGGCAGCGAUGCCGGGGGCGGUGAUGGAGAGAGCUUUCUCGCCGGUGAGGACUACGACAGCAACUCGAUGGACAUCAUGGACGUGAAAAUUGCAAGCAGCGGUUCGAACUCGGGCGACGAGGAGCAUCCCUUGCGUAUCGUCACAAGCCGAUCGGAUGACGAUGGCGAUCGGGCAACCGAAGCGAUGGAUGAGGACGACGAGGACCAGGACGACGAAGAUGACGACCAAGAGCAGGACGCUUCGAUGGACGAAUCGGUGGAAGCCGGCGGUGUUGACUCGCUCGGUCCACCGAGGCUCACGAACAAUAACAACAACACGAACCACGGUGGCCUCAGCAACAAAAGGCGGCGCCAAAGUAAUGUCAACGCAUCCAACAGUAGCAGCAUGGGGGGUGGAAGUGGAGUUACGACGCGGAACAGCAAAGCGACAACGGCCAAUCUGCGGAACAAUGAAAACAGCAUGUCCGACUCGAAAGAUUCCUUCGCGGAAGAUGAAAAUUGCGUGCCGAUGGAGGAGACUUGCGGCGAAGAGGAGGAAGACAUCGGGGAGGACUCGUACGAUGAGCGCGAACUGAACUCGAGCCUCAUGGAACCGCAGCUUCUGCUGGACGAGUUCGAUGAACCGGUUGAGUUUAAGUUUGACCCGCGCAGCGACACCGGAGCCAUCGAUUCUACAUCAUCCGCCCCAAGCUACCUGCCGCCAUUGCAGCCGAAACCGGGGCUCAAGGUAGCGACCGGUGCAGGCACAACCGGCACGCGGAUGCCACAAAUCUCAGUUGUCCCAACGACGGCCCUCCAAAUACCGAAGUUGGCCCCGUUAACGGGCACAGCGGCUGGCGGUGGUGCGAGUUUCCUCACAGGCGGAAGCAAAAGCUUGCCGAGGUUGCACAAACGGCAACGGUUGCUGGCACCAAAGAAACCGAACGGCAUGACCACCACGCAGACGAUCCUCAACAAUCUGAACAACAAUCUAACCGAAAGCCUGAUCUCAACCUCAUCGAACGCCGGCGGUGGGCAGAUGUCGAACGUCCUCUCCGGAAUCGGGUCGGCCGAGGUGUACGACAUGUUCUCGAACAGCGUGCUGCGGUCGUCGAGUCCGCGCUCCAACUCCAACUCGCCCUCGGUGAAGGGCGGUGGUGGCGGCGGCGGAAGUAGCGGUGGCGAUGGUUCCCGGACGCACAAGUACGCCGUCAUCGACGACACGGAGGGUAGCGUGCGCGACUUCUGUACCAAAGAGGGUGACCACGUGUACCGGUGCAAGGUGUGCGCCCGGGUCUACACGCACAUCAGCAACUUCUGCCGGCACUACGUCACCUCGCACAAGCGCAACGUGAAGGUGUACCCGUGCCCGUUCUGUCUGAAGGAGUUUACCCGCAAAGACAACAUGACGGCGCACGUGAAGAUUAUCCACAAGCAAGAGUACGCACAGCAGGGCACAGUCGGUGCGGGCGGAACAUCACCGGCCAGUGGCGGCGGAGGUGGUGGGAGUAAUUCCCGGGGCGAAGAAUCGAACUCCAGCUUCAGCUCCAGUAUGCUCGGUCUUGCGGCAGCGGGGAGUAAGAGUGGCGGCGACACGGCUAACGGCAGCAGUAACAGUGCAGCAGCAUCCACGGCGGCGGCGGCGAUCAUUGCCGUGGCGAAUGCGGUCGGCUUACAGCCGAAAGCGGCGGCCGCCGGGUCGAACAUUCGAAUAGUAUUUCCCUCGCUUCCCAGCAACAACACCGCGUCCAGUGGUCAAUCGUCCCCAUCCGGUGCCGCCGGUGCAGGGUCGGGCACGAUCAGCAUCAAGAAGGAGUUUCAGGAGAAGUCGUCGGCUUCAUCAUCCGGUGGCAACUCACCCACGGGCUCGGUUUCAUCCAACUCGGGACUCGCGGCGCAACCGGCCACGGCUACCGUUAGCCAGUAAAACGAGUGGUCACGGCGGGGGUAUCAUUAUUAAAGCUUAAACAACCAAAUAUCCAUAACUCUCCCGA